CAUUGAGUUUCGAGAAGCUUAUCAGUGCCCAUUUCAUCACCGCCGCGGGGUAGCACUUGACCCCACCAACAGCUCGAUAUUUUUUCACAUUUUGGCAUUUCCAUCUUUCACCAGCAUACUCUUCACAUUCUAUAUAAGUAUAUACACGCAUAUAUACUUAAGCUAUUCGCGAUGGGAAAGCCAGGAGUUCUUCUUCUAGGAAAGAUUGAUCACGCACAUAAAGAAUGGGCAGAGAACGUAGAGUCAAUUGCAGAUGUCAAGAAGCCCAAAGCCGAGUCUCGAGCAGAAUUCCUGGAAGAAUGCAAGUCGGGGGCCUUUGAUGGGUGUGUGGCGGCGUAUCGAACAUUUUCAAGUUUUGCUAUCACUGGCAUGAUUGACGAGGAAGUUGUUGCUGUUCUGCCGAAGAGUCUGAAGUAUAUAUGCCAUAACGGUGCUGGCUAUGACCAAGUCGACAUUCAUGCUUGCACAGCUCGCGAUAUUCGAGUGUCAAAUGUUCCCAAAGCCGUGGAUGAUGCUACGGCAGAUACGAAUAUGUUUCUCAUCUUGGGAGCUCUGCGAGGGUUCAAUACUUCAAUGCUUGCACUUCGAGCCGGAAAUUGGAGAGGAGCCCCUGCACCACCACUCGGCCAUGAUCCUCAAGGCAAAGUUCUUGGUAUCUUGGGUAUGGGCGGCAUUGGAAGAAACUUGAUGAAGAAGGCUGCUGCGUUUGGCAUGACGACUCAAUACUACAACCGGUCACAAUUAUCCGAAGAACUGAGUGGAGGCGCCAAGUAUGUGAGCUUUGAAGAGCUGAUCAAGACUAGCGAUGUGCUUUCGUUGAAUCUUCCCCUGAAUAAAAACACUCGCCACAUCAUCUCCACCAAGGAAUUCGAAAUGAUGAAGCCGGGAGUUGUCAUUGUAAAUACCGCCCGAGGAGCCGUCAUGGAUGAAGCCGCCCUUGUUGAGGCUUUAAAGAAGGGUCAAGUUUGGUCAGCAGGACUUGAUGUGUACGAAGAGGAGCCCAAGAUCCAUCCUGGCUUGAUUGACAAUCCACAUGUCCUGCUCCUUCCUCACAUGGGAACCUGGACUGUAGAGACACAGACUAAGAUGGAAAACUGGUGCAUGGGCAAUGUUAAAAGCGCCAUCGAGACGGGAAAGUUGAUGAGUCCUGUUCUCGAGCAAAAGGACAUGUGAAUGGUAUAUGUGGGGU